CACUUGUUGAAUAUAAAAUGUUUAGGCCUAGCCAAUGCAACUCGAUGUUCCAAACAUCAUCGCUUUGAUCUGAAGCGCUUUUACACAUAGGCCUAUAUUAGAGUCUCAUGGAGUGAAAAAUUGGACAAAUUUGAUUGGAUAACAAAGAAUUUUAGCGGUAUAUGUGAAUAAAGCGCCAAAGAUCACGACGACAACAGGUGAACAACACUGCACUGCCAAAGAAAACAACAUGCUAGGAUUUAGUCACUUUGAUUCAGAAAAUGUUGAUCCUCAAGUCAACAUUCCCAAAAAGAAAAGAGGACGAGUUCCAACGAUUGUGGUUGAAGGAAAUAUUGGAAGUGGAAAAUCAACGUUUCUUCAAUAUUUCAAAAACUUCAGUGAUAAAAUCGAGGUAAUCCCAGAGCCAGUCCAGAAAUGGAAAGAUGUGGAUGGAUACAACACUCUGGAUAUGAUGUAUAAGGAUGCUUCACGCUGGAGCUUGGCCUUCCAAUCUUACGUCCAGUUAACCAUGGCUGAGGGUCACAAACACAGAACAAAGCACACCAGCAUCAAGAUGAUGGAGAGAUCCAUCUUCAGUGCCAGAAACUGUUUUGUUGAAAAUCUUUACCAGAGUAAGCUGAUGCCUGAGAUAGACUACGCUGUAUUGUCAGAAUUCUAUGAUUUCAUAUUACAACAGGAAAACACCAAGGUUGACAUUAUUGUGUACUUGAGAGCUGAUCCCAAAACCUGUCAAGAAAGAAUCCGAAAAAGAGCUAGAAUGGAAGAAAAAGAUGUCCCCAUUGAGUAUCUGCAGUCCCUCCAUAAUCUUCAUGAAAACUGGUUGAUUAACCAAACAAAGUUCAAAAUACCAGCCCCUGUUUAUGUGAUUGAUGCAAAUGAGGACAUUUCACAUCUUUACACCAAGUUUGAUGAAUUCAGGGAGUUUGCAUUUUCCAAGUAUUCUGUUGUGUGAUACUAAAAUACUGCCUUAGGACGCUUUAAUCUCAUGAUUACUAAUUUUGAAAUUAUCUGUUUCUGCCUCUACUGUGUAAACUGAAAGAAAUGAUUCAUAACUAUCUUGUAAAAUAUGAUUCAAACAAGAUUUUGUUACUUGAAUUCUGUUUACAUAUACCAUAAUAAGUGUUCAUAUAUUCUUGUGCAGUUUUUAUUAUAGUAUUCUUUUUUCCCUUAAUCUUUUAAACAAUUAAAAUUGUAUUUUGUGUUAAAAGUCACUAUGUUCAAUUUUUUUUUUUUUUUCCUUCCUGAAUUCUUUCUCCUUUUAAUUUUACUGCUGUAUGUAUUUUAAUUUUUGCAUUGGUACAUGUAUUUGAUCUGAAGAAAUAUAUAAUUCAGUUAUCAGGCAAUAUUUAUAUUAAUACCUGUAUUUGUUUUAUGGGUAUAGAAUGAGUGCUAUGAUUUCCAUGUGCAGCUUUUUAAAGAAUUCUUUGAUGAUGAUUUUUUCAUCAAGUUUUUAUUAUUUUUUAAACAACUAACUGUAUUUUGUUUAGUCAGUAAUUCACUUUGUUUAUGUUUUUUUCCCUUCUAUAUUAUUUUUCCUUU